GUUUGCAACUGUAUGUAAAUCACAGAGAAUCACAAAGGAAUUCUCUACAUGUAUUCUUUAAAACCUGAACUCCCUGCCUCUUUAAAGCCACACCUACGCUCUCUGUCACACUACACCACAAACAGAACCAGGAAGCUCUUUUCGCAGAAAACGAAACUCACAAAUUUUCCUUUCUGAGUGAGUGUGUGAGUGCAGGAAAAUGGCAGAAGCCAGUAUUUCAGUAGAUCAGGAUCGGUUCAUCUGUCCAGUGUGUCUGGAUCGUCUGAAGGAUCCAGUGACUACAACCUGUGGCCACAAUUUCUGUAAGGUGUGUAUUAAUGGCUUCUGGGAUAAAGAGGAUCUGAAAGGCGUCUACAGCUGUCCCCAGUGUAGAGAGACUUUCACUCCAAGGCCUGUUCUACGCAGGAACAACAUGCUGGCUGAAAUGGUGGAGAAACAAAAUAAGACUGAACUCCAAGCAGCUUCUCCUGCUCACCGUUACACUGGACCUAAAGAUGUGGAGUGUGAUUCCUGUACUGGGAGAAAACGUAAAGCCAUUAAUUCAUGUAUGGAGUGUCGGGCCUCCUAUUGUGAAGAUCAUCUUAAACCUCACUAUCAGGCUCCUGCCUUAAAGAAGCACAAGUUAGUUGAACCCCGUGCAGAGCUCCAGGAGAAGAUCUGCUCUCAGCACGACAAACCGAUCGAGAUCUACUGUCGUACUGACCAAAGCUUCAUCUGUUACUUGUGUACGAUGGAUGAACACAAAGGUCAUGAUGCAGUUUCAACUAAAGCAGAAAGAACUGAAAAACAGAAUGAGGUAAAGGAGAAGCAGAUGAAAUCCCAGCAGAGGAUCCAGGAGAAGCAGAAGAAGGUGCAGGAGCUGAAACAGACUGUGGACACUAUUAAGUUGCGUUCACAGGCAGCAGUAGAUGAGAGUGAGAAGAUCUUUACUGAGCUGAUCAGCUCCAUGGAGAAAAAGCGCUCGGCGGUGAAGGAGUUGAUCCGAGCUCAGGAGAAAGCUGAACUGAGUCGAGCUGAACGACUCCUGAAGCAACUGGAGCAGGAGAUUGCUGAUCUUAAGAGGAGAGUCACUGAGCUGGAGCAUCUUUCACACACACACGAUCACAUCCACUUCCUCCAGAGAUUCCCGUCUCUCUGUGCUUCUCCUCAAAGGGAGGCCUCACCCAGCAUCAUCGUCAAUCAACAUCUCUCAUUUGAUGGAGUGAGGAAAUCUCUCUCAGAUCUGAAAAAACGAGUCGAGGAGAUCUGUGAGGAGGAAUUCAACAAAAUCUGUCCACAAGCUGCAGCACUUCAGAUAUUACCUUCACAGCAGAAAAGCAGAAAGGAUUUUCUGCAGUAUUUCUGUUAUCUGACUCUGGAUCCCAACACAGUACAUCCUUCCCUUAUUCUGUCUGAGAAGAACAGAGUGGUGACACGCAGUAGGACACAACAGCAAUGCCCUGAUCAUCCUGAGAGAUUUGACUACUGGCCUCAGGUGUUGUGUAAGGAGAGUGUGUGUGGACACUGUUACUUGGAGGUGGAGUGGAGUGGUAAUGUGUCCAUAUCAGUCUCAUAUAAAGAGCUCAGCAGGAAAGGGCAGGGUAAUGAGUGUGUGUUUGGGUACAACAGUCAGUCCUGGAGUCUGGUGUGUUCUCCUUCCUCUGUCUGUUUCCGACACAACAACAUUAAAACUGUACUCCCAGGUCCAGCAUCCUCCAGAAUAGGAGUGUAUGUGGAUCACAUUGUAGGAACUCUGUCCUUCUACAGCAUCUCUGGCACGAUGAAGCUCCUCCACAGAGUCCACACCACAUUCUCUCAGUCUCUCUACGCUGGGUUCUGUGUAGGUAGUAAUUCAGCUGUGAGGUUGUGUGUUCCAAAAUGAAAUGUUAGUAAAAGAGUUUAACUGAGGUGUCAGAUUUAUUUUCACCCCGAGCUACAAUGCCACUUUAUAAACACUAAUUAAAUAUUGUUAUUCUACCUUUUGUUCUUUUUCUGGCAGCCCAUAGAACCGUAUGGUAAAAUGUGAAAUUCUGGACACUGAUUGGGGAGGGUCUAAGGAACGUUCUGGCCAAAUGCUGCACCACUGUUGUGUCAGAUUUGGGCCUAAUAUGGAAGUACGUUUAUGGUCAUAACUUUUGAACCAUGUGUCCUAAAUUUAAAAGCCUGGGUUGACACGAGUUUAACGUACCCUAUGACUUUCUACUUAAUUAAAAUUUAUGCCAUCUUUGAAAAA